AUGUCGGAUCAAAAAUUAAAAGAUAAAAUAAAAGAACUGGAGGCUCAACAAAAGGAAUGGUUGAAAUCGCAAAGUGAAUUUGAAAAAGAGAAGAAGCAGUUAAUGGUGGAACGACAGAACUUGGCUAAAGAAAGUCAAAGAAAGGAUCCUUGUGGCAAGAGACGAUCACCAAUAGUCAUUGGUAGUAUCACAGAAUUUUCGCUAAACGAUGAUUGGGACUUAUGGUCGGAAAGGCUCCAUCAUUAUUUCGUGGCGAUCGACGUUUCGGAUGAAAAAAAGGUUUCAUUGUUCCUGACGCUCAUCGCGGCGGAGGGGUACGCUCUUUUAAGGAAUUUGUGCAUGCCUACAGCGUCAUCUACAAGGACGUUGGAGGAACUAUUAAAGGUUAUAGCGGACCAUUUACAACCAAAACCUAGCAUUAUUUUCGAGAGGUACAAAUUCAAGGAGUGCAAACAGAAAGAUGGCGAGAAUGUGAAGAAAUUUAUCGCAAAUCUCAAAAGAUUAUCGCUGAAUUGCGAAUUUGGAAGACAGUCUACGCGAUCAGCUGGUCUGGGGAAUUUCAAAUGAAUCAA